CCGUUCAGGACAACCGCUGGUUUCUAAAGAAAAUUUGUCUCCCUCUUUGGUCGCUCUCUCAAAUUUCUCUGAGAGCUUCAAGUGGAAAAUUCUCUCAUAAACCCCUCCCCCCUCCUCAGCGCUCCUCAACCGCCAGCACUGCCGCCACCUCCUAGUGAAAGCCGGAAGUCUCUUUUCUCAAUCGUAUCCUUCUCUUCUUUAGAAUUUCCCAAAAUGAAUAUCCCAAUAACAGCAAAACCCAAUACAACUAGCAUCAACAGCGAAGCCACCAAUCCAUCCGCCGGAGAAUGCGGCAACUGUGGCUUCAAAGACACCUGGCUUCUCCACCACGUCCGCCUUCGAGGUAUCUAUCGCCGACUCUGCACCUCCUGUGUCCUCCGCCUCCACCCUUCCUCUUUCUGCCCUUCCUGCUUCACAUUCUACGACUCUUCCCCUCCUCCUCCUUCCAAGCGCCUCUCUUGCUCCAAUUGCUCCUCCUUCACCCACUCCCACUGCGUGCCCCCCCACCCUCCUUCCUCCUUGCCCUUCCUCUGCCCGCCUUGCGCUGACCCCAAUUUCUCCUUUUUUCACCUCGAUAAAACCAAUAAUCGAACCAUUGAUAAGAAAAUGGCCACGGUCCUUCUUUGCGCAGCGAGGAUUGCCGCUUCCUCCAUGGCGAAGGCGGUGAUUGUGGCGAGGGCGGAGGCUGAAAGGAGGGUACGGGAAGCGGCUGUUUGUAGGAAGAGAGCUAGGGAGGCGUUGGAGCACGUGGCGUUGGUGGCGAAGAGGAAGGACGUAGAAUCCGUGGAGGUUUCUGGAUCUGGGAAUUUCGGGAAACGGGAGAGAGAGCGCGUCGAUGGAACGUCACCUAUGAAUGUGGAGCGAAUUACUUCUGUUGAAAUUGCCAAGAACAAUGGAAAUUCCCACAAUAAUUCAGGUCAUUUUGAAAAGGGUCUUGAUAAUGGAAGUAAUGCAGAGAAGAAGCAGAACUUGAACACUAAUCAUGGUAACGUUAGUGUUAAAGAAGAGAAUUUCGAUUCACUUGUUCAUAAGAGCUCGUAAAUAUUCUUCACUGGUCCACCCAAUAGCCAAAGCUAAUAUCCUAGAUUCAUAGGUCGCGAAAAUAUUGAAAUUCUCUGUGAUACAAAGGAAAGCUUCUGUGAGAUGAUUUUGCCAAAUAAGUAUAAAUUUCUCUCAGCGCAUUGUGUUGUUUCUACACAUAUAUAAUGCCUGUUGUUGUGUAUAAUCGAUUAGGGUGCAUGUUCAUGUAUUCUGAUUAGACUCUGGUUAGCCAAGUUUAAUUCUUUACUAGCUUCCUUUUGUCCCUUUUUACCUAGUGUGAUUACACAUCCAGUGGUAAUAAAAUAUAUUAUUGGAACUUCCCUUUUCCUUUGCAUACUGUCAUGAGUGAAGAUAGUCUAUCCGGAAGUAGGUACACAUGAGGAAGGGGAAGGAUCAAUUGCUGAGCUGGAGUUUAGUUACUAGUCAAUUGCUUAGUUGAUUCUGCUUAGUAAGUUAACAGUGAUUGUAUAAAGCGCCUGAAUUGUAUUGAAACCAUUAUUGAAUCAAUUAACAAAUAAUUUCAUUCUCUCUUUAAA